AUAUCAGUGUUCAGAAGUUCUGCUAUGAGUGGACCAUUAGCAACUUUUCAUUUUGCAUGGAUGGAAUUCGUGAAAAUGUCACAAGCCCAAGGUUCUCAUUAGAGGCCAGUAAAGAAAUGCAAUGGUGUUUGAGGAUAUUCCCAAACGGUGUUGAUGACGAAAGUAAAGAUUACCUUUCAGUUUACCUGGGUUUGCUCAGUUGUCCAAAGAGCCCAGUUUGGGCAAAGGUACAGUUCUGGAUCAUAAACGCCCAAGGAGAGAAAUAUCUUAUUACAAAAAUGUCAAAUGUUUUAAGGUUUCUGCCAAAUCAAUACUGGGGAUACAAAAAGUUCAUCCUUCGAGAUUUCCUCCUCUACCAUAGGCAUCGGCUUCUCCCUGAGGACCAGUUCACCUUGUGCUGCAAGGUGAGCAUAGUAGAACGCUCCUUUAGCACUCCUGGAGAGAACAUGAGACCUGCAAUCAAGGAUCCAAGGCAGAUGUUGGUCAACGACAUAGGAGAGCUGUGGGAAAAUUCCCUCUUCACAGACUGCAGCCUGGUGGUAGCUGGCCAGGAAUUCAGAUCUCACAAGGCCAUCCUAGCAGCUUGCUCUCCAGUUUUCAGAGCCAUGUUUGAACAUGAAAUGCUGGAGAGCCUAACAAACCGCAUUGAGAUCCAUGACAUUCAUCUGCAAGUCUUUAAGGAAAUGAUGGCCUUCAUUUAUACAGGGAAGGCACCACACCUCCACAGCCGCUCAAUGGCCACUGAUUUGUUGGCAGCUGCUGACAAGUAUGACCUGCAGGGCUUGAAGGGCAUGUGUGAGGAUGCCCUGUGCAGGAACCUCUCUGUGAAAAAUGCUGCACACACUCUCAUCCUGGCUGACCUCCACAACACAGAGCACCUGAAGACUAGGGCCAUGGAUUUCAUUAUACUUCAUGCUUCUGAAGUCUCUGAUACCGUGGGGUGGAAGUCAAUGGUGGAGUCACAUCCCCACUUGGUGGAGGAAGCAUUUUACUCCCUGUCUUCCAUACAGCGUCCUGGCUUGGAGCCCUCACUGAAUGCUGAAAGACAUUUUAGGAGCUUAACGGCUAUGACCUACACCUGUCUUCCAACAGCAGCAACCAGUGUUUUUACAAAUGACUUCUGUUUAGACUACAGUAUUGCUGGAGCAUUUACAGUGAAUCUGGGGAAAGGCAGCCUGGUGGCUCAGGAUUUAAAACGGCUGUAAUAUCUCAAAAUGGUGUGUGGGCAAAGAGCAGCUCUAGGGUCAUGGACACUCUACCUGACAAUUACCCUGUUGAUGGUGUUUGAUUCUUGUCUGAUGUCUUGGAAACUGGGAUUCAACUGGCCUGACGCACAACCCAACCUACUUUCUUUGGAGAAACUUGUCUGCAUUGGACUGAGCAGAAUAGAUGACCUAACUUAUGUGUAUUAAGUGACAUGUAAAGUUUUUCACCUAAUUCUGGUGUAUAUUCUCUCUGCAAAUAAAAAUUCUUUCAACUUUACUGUAUGUA